AUGGAUGCAAGACCGCAACGAAUUCGUGUUCGAGGGGAUGAGAACGCACUUGUUGGUGUUCUCCCCAACAUGACGAUCCACCAGCGAAACAAGUCGACGCCUGCUUUGUCCACUAUUAUGCAGAAUGGAGGGCUGAGAAAUACCGCAAAACGUACAGCUUUUGGGGAUGUUAGCAAUACACGAGCUAGCAAGGAUGAUAUUCAUCUCGCUGGCAAGAACAUUCCGCUUAGCAAGCCGGGAAUAACUGCCCAGGACAAAAUGUCUCUAGCCCUGUCACAGCCUGCCCAGCGGCCUAUGUCUGUUACUGGUGUCAAGGCAAUUCCGCACAAUAACAAUUCCCGCAACAGUGACAAUGUUUCCAAGCAGGUAUUCACUGAUAUCACCUCAUCAUAUCACUCGGCCAACAAUCGCAAAUUACUUCCAAAACGCAGCAACGCAGUUUUCAAAGACCAUCUCCCACCUGUGGUUGAGGCUAGGCCUUCUACGGUCAAGCCAUCAGCGCCUCGAACAAGUGAUCCGGUGAAAAAAGAUUACAACUCUCGCUCAGCGACAACUGCUGCACUGCAUGACACCUACGGCGCGCAGGCAAAAGAUGCAUUGCUCCUACCUAAAGAAUUCUCGAAGGAUUUGCAAAACACCAGCGAUGUUGAAGCCAAACCAACAACUCUUGACAUACACUCAGAUGGCAGCUACAUCGUUGUUCCAAAUGUCUCUGAAAAGGAAUCACCCAACAAGUCUGAAGUGAAGGAAGACGAUAAAUUGCCCCUACAGCCUUCUAAGCAAAGCCUCUCAGAAAUUGAGGCCGUGCUAGAAAUUGAAGGUACCCAGAAGCCCGAAACCAGCAUCCCGCGAGGUUCACUCGAUUUGUUACACGCCCGCUCCGACCACGGAGCCGGUCCCUCAGAACCAGAAGAGUACUGGGACGAUGACGAGGAUUAUAACGACGAGGAUGAUGGCUAUAUCACCACCCGUUCUUACCGGUCUCGUAGCGAGAAUACCACUGGCGGUGCCACUACUGUCCUUUUCCCCAAGUACAACCAAAAGGCAAGAAAAGAAAUUGCCAUUGCGAAGCAAUUGGUCGAGACCUCUCGCACCGCUGAGGAUAUCGAGGACGAGACCUGGGACACCAGCAUGGUGGCUGAAUACGGCGAUGAAAUCUUUGAGUACAUGAGAGAAAUGGAGAUCAAAAUGCUACCUAACGCCCACUACAUGGAAAAUCAAGCAGAGAUCCAGUGGUCUAUGCGCUCCGUUCUCAUGGACUGGCUUGUACAAGUUCAUCACCGAUUCUCGCUCCUACCAGAGACAUUGUUCCUCUCUGUCAACUAUAUCGACCGAUUCCUCUCUUGCAAGAUUGUUUCUCUCGGAAAGUUACAACUAGUCGGCGCUACUGCAAUCUUCAUCGCUGCCAAGUAUGAGGAGAUCAACUGUCCUUCGAUUCAAGAAAUUGUCUACAUGGUUGAUGGCGGCUAUACUGUGGAUGAGAUACUGAAAGCCGAAAAAUUUAUGCUUAGCAUGCUUCAAUUCGAACUAGGAUGGCCUGGGCCAAUGAGCUUCCUGCGUCGAAUCAGUAAAGCUGACGAUUACGAUCUUGAUACCCGUACACUAGCAAAGUACUUCUUAGAGGUCACUAUCAUGGAUGAGCGUUUUGUCGGUAGCCCCCCAAGCUUCACCGCCGCAGGGGCUCAUUGCCUAGCUCGAUUAAUGCUGUGCAAGGGCAAUUGGUCACACGCUCAUGUGUACUAUUCCAAUUAUACGUACAAGCAAUUGCAUCCCCUCUUGAGCAUAAUUCUUGAAUGCUGCGAGAACCCUUUGAAACAUCACGGUGCAAUCUACGACAAGUAUUCGGAUCGUCGCUUCAAACGUUCUUCCUUGUUCGUCGAGGCUGAAUUAACCAAAGGAUUUCGCAUCCCCGACAUUCCCAAAGACAACUAUCGCUUCGUCUAG